AUGGAUCGAUUGAAUUACUUUGGUUAUGCUAGUAAUUUGAAAGAAAGUUUAUUGAAAGAAAGAAUAGGUGGUGAUCAUCCAUUGAGCGUUGAUGUUGGUCGACUGCUUGAUUAUGAAUUACGAUUCAAUCAUCAACAACCAAAUGGUGAAGGAAGAGCAAAUAUUGUACCAAAGAAAGGCUCUUAUAUCUAUGGUUUAGUGUAUGGUAUUAACAAUGAACACCGAGAUCUCCUUUUUAAAACAGAACCUGGAUAUCGAAUGAUUGAAGUCGAUAUUGAAUUGCAAUCAGAUCAGUCAACGAUUCGAGCUAUCACAUUUAUUGAUGAAACAUCUCCGUCCGAAAACUACCGUCCGUCGAAUGAAUAUCUUCGAACGAUUAUUGAUGGCGCAUGUGAACAUGACUUUCCUCAAGAUUAUAUCGAUUCAAUUAUUUCAAUAAUAAAAUCGACCAACUAG